UAUUAGGCGGGCAACCACGAAGUGGUUGUCCCCGGUGCUGGAAUGCGGCGGCGUCGAUGCGAUCCGCGAGGCCGUGGAUCUGCUAGAGCAAUCUGGCGCCGCCGGCGGCAGUGGAGAUCUAGAGCAGCUCAUUCGCCGCUGCGCGGGCGCCAAGGCGCUGGAGGAAGGCCGGAGGAUCCACCGGUGGAUGGAUUCAGGUACGCUGGACAGGCCUAGAUUUCUCUCCAAUCUCCUUGUGGACAUGUAUGGCAAAUGCGGCAGCUUGGUGGAAGCUAAGCGCGUGUUUGAUGCCAUGCAGCACAAGAAUGUCUUCUCUUGGACGAUGCUCAUGGCUGGAUUUGUGCAGAGCGGGCGUGGAGUGGAGGCGAUCCAGCUCUUCCACCUGAUGUGCCAAGAAGGGGAGCUCCCUGACCGAGUAGCGCUGCUCAAGUUCAUCGAUUCGUGUGGAGCCGCCAGGGCACUCUCGCAAGGAAGAGGUAUUCACUCGCUACUCUCAGAUCACACGGAGUUUGCGACGGACGUGAUGAUCAACAAUAGCUUGAUCAGCAUGUAUGGGAAGUUCCAGGAGCUAGAAGAGGCGAAGCUCGUCUUCGAUGCAAUGAGAAGGCGCGACAUCGUCUCCUGGAACGCCAUGAUCGCGGCAUACGCACAGAAUGGGUAUAACAGGCAGGCUGUGGAGAUCUUCGACGAGCUGGAGAGACAGGGAGGGGUGAUGCCGGAUAGAGUGACUUUCAUCAGCACGCUGGAUGCUUGUGCUGGGCUUGACGAGGAGGAAGGCUUGGCUAGAGGCAGGGACGUCCACUCCAAGAUCAACGAGUUCCGGCUGGAUGUAGAUGGAUCUCUCGCGACAACUCUCGUCAACAUGUAUGGGAGGUGUGGAAGUUUUGCCGAGGCCAAGGCCAUCUUUGACAAGAUGAAGAGGAGGGACUUGAUAUGCUGGAACUCCAUGCUGAGCAUCUACGUCAACUGUGGCCUCGCGAGAUCGGCCAUCCAGCUCUUCCAGGAGAUGGAUCAGUGCGGCGUGCUUCCGGCCAACAUGACGUUCGUCGCUGCUCUAGACGCUUGCUCCAGCUUGGAAGCUCUCAAGCUGGGGAGAGAGAUCCACUCGGCUGCUGCUUCGUGCGGCAUGGAUUCGGACUUGGUCACCGCCAACGCCAUCAUCAACAUGUAUGGCAAGUGUGGAAGCAUCGGGGAGGCCUUUGCCAUGUUUACGAGGAUGCCGGAGAAGAACGUUAUCAGCUGGAGCACGAUGAUCGCGGCCUUUUGCCAGAACGAGCUUGCGGACGAGGCCCUCCUCUUCUUCAAGCUCAUGCAACAGGAAGGGAUGGAGCUGGACAGGAUAACUUACGUCAGUGUUCUAGACGCCUACACCAGCGUGGGAGCUCUGGAGCUCGGCAAAGCUCUUCACGUCAGGAUCGUCUACGCGGGGCUGGACACUUCCAUCGUUGUUGGCAACACACUCGUCAACAUGUAUGGCAAGUGUGGAAGCCCCGACGAUGCCAGGGACGUGUUUGACAGCAUGGUGGAGAAGAAUGUGGUCUCCUGGAACGCGAUGCUAGCAGCUUACGGCCAGAACGGAAGAUCGAGAGAAGCUCUGGCCUUGUUCGACAGCAUGGACGUGAAGCCGGACAGGAUCACAUUUAUAAGCGUGCUGGACGCCUGUGCCAGUGCUGCAGCAGGGGACCGAGGGAAGCAAAUCCACGCUACGGUGAACUCCACGGCUCUGGGACUGGACGCUGGCAUCCAGAACGCGCUCGUUCACAUGUAUGGCAAGUGCGGCAACUUGGCAGAAGCUCGGCGGAUCUUCGACUACAUGGACUCCAAGAGCGUCGUCUCGUGGACGUCGAUGAUGACCAGCUACGCCCAGAACGGCCUCGUCAAGGAAUCGCUCCGGCUAGCGCUGCAAAUGAAGCUGGAAGGCAUGAGGCCGAACGACAUCACCUUCGUCACCAUCCUCUACUGUUGCAGCCACUCUGGGAAGUUCAAGGACGCCGUGAGCCACUUCGUGGAGAUGAGGCAGGACUUCGGCAUCACUCCCAGGGAGGCACACUUUGGAUGCUUGAUCGACAUGCUUGGGCGGUCCGGGAAGCUCGAAGAGGCCGAGGAGCUGAUACAAGCCAUGCCGAUUCCAGCCGACGCUGUGCUCUGGACAUCGCUGCUCUGCGCCUGUGUGACGCACAAGGACGAAGAUCGAGCUGCCCGAGCGGCGGAGGAGGCGUUCCAGCGAGAGCCCAAGUGUGCCGCGGCCUACAUCAUGCUCUCCAACCUCUACGCGGCGCUCAAGAAGUGGGACGAGGCUGCCAAGGUGAGGAAGAGGAUGGAGCAAGCCGGGGUGAGGAAGCAGGCUGGGCGGAGCUGGAUCGAGAUCGACAAACAGGUGCACGAGUUCGUGGCCGGGGACUCGAUCCAUCCGGACAAGUCUCGCAUCUUCAAGACGCUGCAGAGGCUGAUGUCGGAGAUGAGGAUCAAGGGGUACGAGCCGGAUCGAAAGGUGGUGAUCCACAGCAUGGAAGAGGAGGAGAAGGACGAGGUGCUGUUCUAUCACAGCGAGAAGCUGGCGGUGGCGUUUGGGAUUGCCAGCACGCCACCCAGGACGCCGCUGUGCAUCGUCGAGAACUUGCGAGUGUGCUCCGACUGCCACUCGGCAAUCAAGUUCAUUAGCGGCGUCGAGGGAAGAAGGAUCACGGUCCGGGACAGCAACCGGUUUCACCACUUCGAUCGUGGCGAGUGCUCUUGUGGGGACUACUGGUAACAUUAAGAUGGUGUAGAAUAUGCCAGGAAUAGUUUAGCACAGUAAAUCAGUUUUAUCAAUUAAAAUAUUCAUUACAGUUAA